GCUCCCAUAAGCAUUUUCGUCACCGCACUGCUGUGCUUUCACUUUCACUCUCGAAAGGUCGUCCUGUUUAAUGAAAAGCAACAUGUCACUUUACAAAAAUAUGCUUUUCAUUGAAAACGUGGGGAAAAUGAAGCUUGUCUUUAUUUCGCUUCUCGUAUUGUUCUGGUGUUUACUCGACCAUGGUGUGUUUGGCGAGUCAGUGUCAGCAAUGGAGGGAGAUCCAGUCACUCUACACACUGGUGUUACAACAAACCAACAAGAAAAGAUUAGAUGGCAUUUCUAUGACACUCGCAUCGCUCAAAUCACUGGAGAUCUCAGUAAGAUCUGUACAGAUGUUCAGUGUAAUGAAGGUACUGAGAGAUUCAGAGACAGACUGAAGCUGGAUCAUCAGACUGGAUCUCUGACCAUCAUGAACAUCAGAACCACAGACUCUGGGCUUUAUCAUCUGAAGGUCCUCGGCAGCAGCAGCAGAAGUGAAAUGAUCUUCAAUGUUACCAUCUAUAGUUUUUUCGCUGUUGGUGAAGAUGGAGUGUUAGUGUUUUUGAUGGAGGGAGAUUCAGUCACUUUUCAAACUAGAGUUAAAGCAAACCAACAAGACAGAAUUAGAUGGUAUUUUAAUAGCACUCGCAUCGCUGAAAUCACUGGAGAUCAGUGUAAGAUCUGUACAGAUGUUCAGUGUAAUGAAGGUACUGAGAGAUUCAAAGACAGACUGAAGCUGGAUCAUCAGACUGGAUCUCUGACCAUCAUGAACACCAGAACCACAGAUGCUGGACUUUACCACCUCAAGAUCACUAGCAUAAACAAUGAGAUGGACAAGACCUUCAUUUUUGCCAUCCGUGGUGUUUCUGCAGCUGAACGAAAUGAAACAAAGUCAGUGAAGGAGGGAGAAUCUGUCACUUUACAUCCUGGUAAAAUAAAAAACCCAAAUGAUUGUAAGAUGUGGUAUUUUAAAGACAUUUUUAUCUUUCAUAUCACUGGAGAUCAGAGUAAGAUCUGUACAGAUGCUCAGUGUAAAGAGAGAUUCAGAGACAGACUGAAGCUGGAUCAUCAGACUGGAUCUCUGAACAUCACAAACACCAGAACCACAGACUCUGGAGAUUAUAAACUACUGAUCAUCAGCAGCAGAUUCAGCAUCUUCAGGAGCUUCAGUGUUACCAUCACUGGUGUUCCAGCUCCAGGUCUGUCUUCAACUGCUGCAGGAGGAAUAUGCACUACUGUUGUUCUUGUUCUGCUGGUGGCUGCAGUUUUUGGGAUUUACCAUUGGCACACAUCAAGAAAAACUGAAACCAGGGCGGAGCUCAGUCAUCAACUAGAGGCCCUUUCUCAUAAUGGCAAUGCACCGAAUGAUGUUGCUAAUGGAGCAUCCACUGUCCAUUCACCACCAUAAAUGUUUACUCAACUUUGACGACUUCCACCUCUGAGAAUCCCAGACUUGAAAAGAGUCCAUUACAUGGAUUCAGAACCAAAGUUCAGCAUAUGUACAUUUUCCAGUCACUAC